AUGGAUAUCGGCGAUGUUCCCAAUCACAACAUUGAAUUCAUGUCCGACCAGGACGAUAUAGUCCUCCAUGAAGCACCAACUGAUUUGUUCGACUUUUCGAACCCGGACCCGUUUGUGGUCUUUGGUCAAAGCAGACCGGUCCGGGUCCAGUCCGCGGAAGUCGAGCAGCCAACUUCGACAAUGCUUGACGAUAGUUUCACGACUUUGGAGGAGAAUCCUCGGCUACGCUCGCGCAGGUACACCGUCCCUUCAUGCCAGACGAUACCGCAGCAUCAGACUGGCAGAAAUCCUAUUCGCAUGGCUUCUUCAUCCUCUGCUCCUGAUGGCCCUUUGCCAACCCUUCACGAAAAUGACAAUCAUUCAAAUACCGAAAAUAGACAGCGUCACAGAUACCUACCUUACAUUCCGAGAAAUGGAAGACGCGAACGAAAAGGUGGAAAUGCCUCGCCUGGGACAAUCAACGGAGUGCAUCAUACUUACCAAGAACUCAUCGUAAUCGCCAUCACUCAAAGUCCGAAUCGCUGCUUGACCCUUGCCGGGAUUUAUCAAUGGAUGCUUGAAAAUGUUCGGGAGUUCCAGCCAAACAGUACGACAGGACCGGCAAUGAACUCCUGGAAAAAUUCCAUCAGGCAUAAUUUAUCGCUCCACAAAUGCUUCCAAAAACGAACGAACACACAGCCAGGAGAAAGCAGCCUCUGGGUUUACGUCCCCGACGAGCCAAUGUGCAACCAGCAAGCUAUGUAUACAGAUAUCCGACCCAAUUUCAACAACAACUUCGCUUCCGGAACAGUUUUGCCGACCCAGUCAUUGCAGCGGCGAGAAUCGCAAAGUAGCCAGAUCAAAGUGGCGCCGAAUUUCAUCUAUUCUCAGGACAAGAACUUGGAAAACAUCGCUCAAGUCGUGUCAGAGUCGGAUGCAUCGAUCAGAACAGACGAAAGCGUCGUGCUUCGCAAGUACCAUAUGCUCAACAACAUAAUCAGCACUGCAACGAAAGCGCAAAACUCGCAAAAGAAGAAAAAAGAAAUUCCUCCACCAGACCGCGAGCUUCCUGAAAUCUGCGUCAACGGCAACUCGAUUCCAUACUCUGAUGCUCCACCAAAGAAAAACAAGGGAAAAGCAACUUGCAAUUGCCAAGCAAUCAAUAAGGAAAACAGGCCCGGCGGCGUCAACUUUCCAGAAAUGCAGCCCGGCGAGAUCAGCCCUAUUUCCUCCGGGAGAGAUUCUCCCGCAAGUCCUCCCAGCACCGCUGAUCUCCAGCACAUGUCGCCCUUCAUUGUCGAUUUUCCCUUCUCCGAAAACUAUUUAUCCGACGUCCAAUCUCUCCAGAUAUGUCCCUAG